UACAAACCCCAUCAUCAUCAUCAACAGCAAGAACAACGGACUACUGCGCCAGCCUUCGUCAGGUGUGGACGUCUCUCUCUCGCCUGUGUAUCAGUGGCAAAUUUCCACCGUUCUCUCUGGGACGUGUCCUCAUCUAUUUUGCUCGUCGGGCACCCUACAGGUGGGACACCUGUACAUCGACUUACUGUAGCCAGCUCCAUUUUUUCCGCUCUGCGGAAAAUUCUUUAACGGUCUUUGGCGGGAAGCCGGUUACUGAACUCAGGCGGGGGUGUGGACGUCCCUCUCUACUGGUGCUUGGCAAGGUGGUCCACCGGAUCUAAUUGGAAACUUCAAGUUUCUAUCUCAAAGAAACUUUUGUUCUUUUUCUUUCAUCGCCCAGCCUUGGGCAACAAAUUUUCCUCGUACCAUCGAGAAACCGGACUCGAUACGGCUUAUGCUGUCAAUGGCCCUGAUAAACCCAACAAAGAAAGCAAUAAAAGACCCUUGAAAACCCAACAAGAAGUGGCCCUAUAAACCCCAACAACCAACCAACCAUCCCAACAAGAAGUAGAAGCAGCAACUAAUAUGGCUUUAUACGAACUGUGUAUCAUUGUGAAAAAUAUGCCUAAGGCAAGCACAGUAUCAGCAGUAAAAAGAAUUGCAGAUUCAAUCCUAGAUGAAGGAGGUUAUGUGAGCAAGUUUGAAAGUUUAGGUACUCAAGAGCUACCUUUUAAGCUGUCAAUUCAUGGACAAAUACACACAAAAGGAAAUUACUUUUUGAUUAAUUUUGUUGCACCACCUACUGCUGUGAGUGAAAUACUGGACACCUGCAGGAGAGAGAUUGAUGUGUUCCGGCCUGGUGUGACAAAGAUUGAGCCACAGCAGCACUCACAGUGCACUCUUCAUGAGGAAAUUCAGUUUCCUUCUUUCAGGCCUGAGGUUCUUAAGAUGAUUCAAGAAGCCAAAAGCAGACUUCCUAAACACCUUAAGAAGAAAGGAGAGUUGAAAAAAACUGUUAUUGGAUAUAAUCCUUUCUAAAUAAUUCAGUUUAACACCCAGUUAUCUUGGAACAUAGUUUUUCAGCAGUGUGUGUAAAUAAAAUUAUUACAUAUGUACAUUU